GUACGUUAUAAUUUCAUUUGCUACGUACUCGGUAUUAUUUAAACAGCUAGCCAUUGUCCAUCAAUUACUAGUAAUUACCAUUAAUUAAUUAUUAAGUGAUCACUAGCUGACCAUAGUAUAUUUCUCCAUCAGCUCAACCAUGGCAACCUCUCCGACACAGCUUUUGCUAUUACUCACAACACUUGUCUUCUUUAUCAUCGCACUUCCCGGUCACUCAUCACGGCUGUCGUCACCGGCCGGCGAUGCAUCCACGGUCAUCCACCCCACCGCCACUACUACCCAAAGGGACGUUCAGGCAGCCAUAAUUUUGAGCCAGAGUAGUACCCUGACUGCAGACAAAAGCCUGAAAGCGUCAAAGAGCAAGGGCCAGGCCCUUAAUGAUUGCAUUUCUGAAGUAGGAGACGCCCUGGCCGGCAUACAAAAAUCGGUCAACGGGAUCAAAGCGCUCAGCCCAGUCGGCAAUCCUAAUCGGGGACUCCAGGUGAACGAUCUCCAGACGUGGAUGAGCGGCGCCGAGACGGAUUUGGUCACGUGCACGGACGGACUCAAAAGCGUGAAGAGCGUCAUCGCUCCUGCUUUGAAGGACACCAAACACGCCCUGGCUUUGGUCAACCAACUCCCAAAAUAAAACAUUAUAUGUACGUGCAUGCCUGAUCGAGGCCGGCCGGCCGGCCGGGUGGUUUACCUUUUGAGUUACUUACUUCUUCAUUUAACUUAUUAUUAUUCAGCUCCGUAUUAAUUACUACCUCUUAUGCAUUCAUGUCUGUGUGUAUGUGUUUAUCAUUAUCAUAUCGUGCAUCUUUUAUCGUUUAACUAUGUACGUCCCAAUACCUAUUACUACGUCCGUCCCGGUACCUAUUACUACGGGUAUAUUAUAUUCUAAAAAAGAUUGACCAAUUUGACUAUUA